CCCUCCUGACAGCCGCGGCCGCGGGAGGAGGAGCGGAGUCGGGAGGAUGGGCCGCCGCUAGGCUCGCAGUGGUGAGCGCCGGCCGAGCGGGGUGGGAGCCGGUGCCUGCAGCGGCGCGGGCGGAGGCGAUCGGCCAGGGGUCCCGCAGCCCGCAGCCCUGCAGCCCGCGUGGACCGAGCUGCCCCGCCGUCCCGGAUUCUAAAGUCCCCAUUGAGCCGGACAAUGGAUGAACAACCACAAGGAAUGCAAGGGCCACCUGUUCCUCAGUUCCAGCCACAGAAGGCAUUACGACCGGAUAUGGGCUAUAAUACCUUAGCCAACUUCCGAAUAGAAAAGAAAAUUGGUCGUGGACAAUUUAGUGAAGUUUACAGAGCAUCCUGUCUCUUGGAUGGAGUACCAGUAGCUUUAAAAAAAGUGCAGAUAUUUGAUUUAAUGGAUGCCAAAGCACGUGCUGACUGUAUCAAAGAAAUAGAUCUCCUUAAGCAACUCAAUCAUCCAAAUGUUAUUAAAUAUUAUGCAUCGUUUAUCGAAGAUAAUGAACUGAACAUAGUUUUGGAAUUAGCAGAUGCUGGUGACCUCUCCAGAAUGAUAAAGCAUUUUAAGAAACAAAAGAGGCUAAUUCCUGAGAGAACUGUCUGGAAAUACUUCGUACAGCUCUGCAGCGCACUGGAGCACAUGCACUCUCGAAGAGUCAUGCAUAGAGAUAUAAAGCCAGCUAAUGUGUUCAUUACAGCCACUGGGGUGGUGAAACUUGGAGAUCUUGGGCUAGGUCGAUUUUUCAGUUCAAAAACCACAGCUGCACAUUCUUUAGUGGGUACACCUUACUACAUGUCUCCAGAGAGAAUACAUGAAAAUGGAUACAACUUCAAGUCUGACAUCUGGUCUCUUGGCUGUCUGCUAUAUGAGAUGGCCGCCUUGCAGAGCCCUUUCUACGGUGACAAAAUGAAUCUAUACUCUCUGUGUAAGAAGAUAGAGCAGUGUGACUACCCGCCUCUCCCGUCAGAUCACUACUCAGAGGAGCUACGACAGUUAGUUAAUAUAUGCAUCAACCCAGACCCGGAGAAGCGACCAGACAUCACCUACGUUUAUGACGUAGCAAAGAGGAUGCAUGCAUGUACUGCAAGCAGCUAAAAUGCAAGAUCAUGAAGAAGGCAACCAAAAUAACUUAAAAGUAUUUUUGUGCAAAUCAUACCUCCCUGUGUUUGUCUGGGUGUUAAGAUUAAUAUGUCAGAGUUAAUGUGCUUUGAAUCCUUAACCAGUUUUCAUAUAAUCUUCAUUUUCUAUCAGGCUCAAUCUCCUCAAAAAUCCGCAAUGACUUGGGCUUGCUCACAUUUCAUUAUCAGUGCAUGUAUAACUAGAGUCUUUCAUGGCUUAAGGUGUGAGCAUCGUUGUUGGGCGUUUUCUGCUGAUAAGUUGUGUUCAUAGAUUGUCAGUGCCAAAUAGUGAAGAAACAUGUUGGCACACAUCAGGAGAGAUGCAGAACCUGAGGAAGACCUGAGCAUUUGUUUUUCAGUCACAUAUGGACAUUGCAGUGGACACAAUUGUGAACUUACGCAUUUUGGGGGGAGUGGUUUGAAGUAUGUGCUUUAGCUCUUAGUUUUCAAAAAUAACUCCUAUGAUAAAUGCAGACAAACUAUUUGAGACACAUUUAAAAUUCUUAGUUUAUACAUUCAAAAUGCAACUAUUAAAUGUGAACAGGCAGGGGAUGAAAUGUGAGUCAGACACUGAGAUUUGUGUUUUCAUACCUUUGAAAGUCUCUUUGCAUUUAAAUGGUAUAAAUGAGUCCAUUUUAAAAGUGGUUAAGGAUUUGUUUGGCUGGUGUGAUAGUCAUUUUUAAAGUUGCACAUUGCCCAAGGCUUUGUGUGUUUUUAUUGUACAUUUGAACAAUAUUCUUGGAAUAAUCAUGCAGUAACUAUAAUUCAAUUUCUUUAUAAAUCUAAAUACAUUUAACUCAGACUGUACACUGUAAUGUAAACGUAUGUUCUUAUUCAUAGAUUGUAUUGAAGUUUUGAUCAAUCCCCUUCAGAAUUUUUUUAUUCUUCAAGUUAUUUAUAUUGUGUGUGCAUUUUAUUCAUUAAUGUUUCAAGUUUUCUGAGAACAUAAUUAAUUCCCUUUUUAAAAGAUAUUUGAUAUGCCAACACUCACUUUUCUUAGAAUGAAACUUUUUUUUUUAACUUUUGGGCCACUCUGUGUGCAUGCGUUUUUAUCUUACUAGGAAGAAAGAUGUGUGUUAUGUUACAUUGUGCCUAUGCAUGUCGAUAGUUCUGAGUCAUUCGCCAACAAAGAUACAAUUCUAAACUAUGUUUAAGGACAUGAAGACUGGCCCUUGCUGCAGGCAGAACUGUUAUGAGAGUAACAUUUCAGUGGAGAUGCUUUGGAGCAAACUGCUGUGUUUGCGCACAAACUUGACAGACAUGGUGAAGCUUCUUUUAGUUAAGGAAAUAGAGAGUUGUUUAGGAAACCCUGUUGGAGAGGUUAGGAAACCCUGCUGUGGAGGCAUGUUUCCCUGGAUGUCUUCAUCUUAGACCAGUUUCCUCACAGAAUCCGAGUGGUAAGGGCUAACCUGACACCAUGGCAGCCUUUGUUCAGGGAGCACAUACUUUGGCAGAGCUCCUAGUCUUGUUUUCUCACAUAGUAUUGUUCCUGUAGUUACUUUCAAGUAAAUAACGUCUGUUUUCUCCUUUUAAUUGGCUAUGGAUGCUAUCUUAAGGGUAAUUUCAGCUUGAGUUUGACAAAGGAAACCUGAAUGGUCUUUGUCAUGAAGUAGAUCGUAGUGGCUCGUAGCAUUUACGCUGGGCUUUGAUAGAAGUAGCCCCAGAAGUGUGAGGAGAGCUACUUCUGUUGUCCAUUUGUGUUUGCCCAUUGUGAUGUCACAGGGUUGAGUGAGAUGAGACGUCCCUACUUACAACAGUUGUUUUCUUAGUCUUUCAAAAAUGCAAGUUUGGAACUUCAUUGGCUCAACCUCUUGUAGUGACUUUGCUUUAUGAAUUUGCCCCCCCAAAAAAGCUAGUGAGUCUAACGGUCAGGGAUGCCCAUUAUAAUUUUUUACAAGAGGAAACUUUCUUUUUUUUAAUCCAAGUAUUCAUAUUCCACCCAAAGAAACCACUCUGUAAAACCAAAUUCAGUGGGAUAUUUGCAAAGUUACACAAUUUUUAGAAGUUAUAAUCUUAAUCACCUAUUUAAAAAUACCCUUUCUGUUUAUGAGUAGAAUUUAUAUUAAGUUAAAUAUUGGAAUUGAUUUGAGUAACAGGUAAAAAUAAAGGUACGGCUGAUUCUAAACCCUAUUAAACAUUGGUACCGGUUACCCAAGGGAGAGUGGGAGGUAACUUUGGUUGGUAUGCUGAGGUGUGGGUGAAUGAAGGGCACCCCAUCUUCAGUGCUCAACAGUGUGCAAUGAUUGUAAAUUUGGUGAGAUGCUACCAAGGCACAAGUGCUCUACUGUUCUUUAGAGUGUCCAUUACAAAAAACACCUUUCCUGUAUCCAUAUACUUCAGGUGUUGCUCUUAACUUUUCCUGUAUUUAUUGUAACCGAGAUGCUGUUAUUCACAUGAAAUGUUUAUUCUUUAAAUUGAAUGUAUUGUUCAUAACCCACAAAUGCUCAUACUCUUUGCCUCCUAUUUCCAUAGUACUGUAAUAUGAACUUCUUUUGUGAAAUACUUUUUAUUUUGUUAUGCUUUAAAUACACAUGCAAAGGGGUUCUGUUAUUAGCUUUAAAAACUGUACAAUAUCUUAAUAUAAAUAUAUAAAAAUAAAAGAUGAAUACUGUAAA